AUGAUGGCAUCCCCUAAUGCCUUUCUGCCCUCACCGUCACGAAGUGCUAGGCAGACGUCGCAUUUCUUCCGCUCUUCAUCUCCCGACUUGCCUUUUAUUGGAGAUAUACUAUCGCCUGGCGUCAGGAUCCGGCCACCUACAGUUGGUGACAAAACACUGGUAAUCUCAUCCGACGAAGAGUCAGCAAUCAAAGGUCGCGAUAAAAAGAAGCGCUCCAAAAAUCUGACUGCGGGACCGACUCCCUCAAUCUCGAAUAGGUCUGGUACCGCCGAUGAUGGUGACAGUUCUUUGUGCAUUAUUGAACCUCCCGCUACACACACUCCGGUGGCUCAGAGAAAUCAUGUGGCGCCACCAAGGUUCAGAUCACAAUCUAGCUCUCCAACAAAAGACCAGCCUUGGAAAAAGUUCAAGUCAAAAGCGGACAAUUCUCACAGCGACAGUCCUGAAGUCCGGGAGCCUGAAUCUGGCGAUAUCAGAACUAUAUCAACUCCACGGCCAGCAAGCAAUCCGCCUCCAAUAGUGCAGCCAAACUCCAAGCGAGAUAUAAAUGACAUCAAGGAGCCGCUAAGACUGGAACCGGCCAUGGUUCGAAGACUGGACUGGACGCCUCCAUCUAAUAAGUCUUCGACCAUUCAUGAAGUACAGUCUUCUUCUGCUAUUAAGGAUACGCAUUCGCCAGAACUUCAAGAAGCAGACAAAAACUUUGAACAGAUCCUCGAAGCCUACAAAUGUGCAGAUAGCUUACAGCAAAAUGUUUCAGCUCCAGGAGAAGGGGCCAAUGUUUUGGGAAAGCGAAAGCUUCUCGAGAUGGUUGUCACAACUGCAGCACCCGCAGCUGUAUCUACUGAAGUUGAAGAAAAGGCCCCUGUGAAGCAAAAGGCGCCAAGGAAAAGACCACGCACCAUAACAGAGCUUGCAACUUCAGCGUACAGGAGGCCAGACCCGCUUCAGCCAGUGCCAGCAGCGGUAAAUGAUUCUACUAUCACAAUCACGCACAAUGACACAGAUGAUACAGCCGCUCAAGAAGAAUCCAAGAAAAAGACUAAAAGGAAAACAACAAAAGCUGCGGCCAAGAAGAAGAAGAAGCCGUCACCACCUUCACCAAUUCUGCUUGCCCCAGCAGAGGCGCUUCAAGAAGUUGCGAGGCAAGAUUUUGUCUUUGGAACAUCGAGCCAAUUAGCGAUUGAAAACUCACCCACCUUUUUGCGAGAUCUUCAGGCUGCGAUGAGGCGCUCGAACCGAGUUGACUACGUCAAUCUUGACAGCCCUCUGAAUGAUGACGGUAUCGAGCUUCCAGAGCGAAAAAGGUUGUGGGCUGCUGGCGCUCGUGACAUUGAUGGAGACUUGUUUGAUCUUGAAAUCAACAAGAUUAUGGAGAGGUCAUCUCAGCCAUUGCCCGCGCUAGAUCAUGAUGAAGAUCCAUUUGGCUACGUUGGCGGAGAUACAAACAUUACGCUACCUGCGAAGAGUGGCGUUGGAGCCCAAACUGGGCUACCAAGCAGCCCCCUUAUUAACACCAAUGAAGUUUUACCUAAUGGCGCCAAGCCCAUCGAAAUCAACGAUGGCUCUGUAUUAGCAGGUGGCGGGAUUCCAGUUGAAUCUCCCCAAAGGCAGGUGUCCAAACCGGCUGAUGGAACUCAAUCUUUUAAAACGCACGAACCUCGUGAUCCAAGCAACCCGGAUCACACCCAGCCACACAGUUCGAAACCCUCAUUUGAACUGUUUACGGAUGCUCAGCUCUCCAAAAAGGUUGCUUCAUACGGGUUCAAAGCCAUCAAAUCACGCCAAGCAAAAAUCUCUUUGUUAGAGCAGUGUUGGCAGAGCAAGAGCAGUAUACAGCAGCCCAACUCUACGAGAAAUGUUACUACUUCCGCAGCCACAGAAAAAAGCACGUUGGACAACAGCGUCCGAACUCCACGCGGAAGACCGAGGAAGAAUAGCGCCUCCAGUACACCGGAGAUACAAGAGCCACCGCCGUCUGCACAACCUCCUGUGUCUCCGUCAAAGCCUCGUGGGAGACCUAAGAAGUCUGUUACUGCUGCCAAACGCAUCACAGCGGGUCCUUCGAAAGGGAAAAAGGCUUCGCCAAAGGCGUCAAUAGAAACUCCAACAGCACAAAAGCGCAAACCAAAGGCGACCAAAGUCAUUGUGGAGAUUCCGGAUUCAGCAUCGGAUAGCGAGCACAGUCUAUCCCCAGACCCGGCUUCCUCUCCGGGGCUUCCUUUUUCACAACCUCGUGUGGACCUCUCCACAUCUGUCAUGGACGACACAGAUCUCAACCUGUCUGGAGAUCAAUCGCUCGGUUACGAGUACAUCACUAAAGCCGUGCAGUCAGCACCACGGACAACGGACCCGAGAAAUCCUUCUUGGCACGAGAAAAUCUUGCUGUACGACCCGAUUGUACUCGAAGAUUUCACGACGUGGCUGAAUUGCGGGCAACUAACACGCGUGGGCUUCGAUGGCGAAGUGAGCACGAUGGAAGUCAAGCAGUGGUGCGAGUCUAAGAGUAUAUGCUGUCUGUGGAAAGUAAACCUGCGUGGCAAGGAGAGGAAACGGUAUUAA